AUGGAUUGCUGCUUGCAUCGCCAGAUUGCCCACAUAACUGACCACCUGUUUCUGAGCAGUGCGGCUGCAGUCAGUGGGGAGAGAGUCUGCGGUCUGAACAUCACCAACGUCAUCAACUGCACCAUGGACAUCCCCAACCUGCACAUGCCCGGCAUCGACUGCAUCCAGAUCCACGUGGACGACCUGCCCAACGCCAACCUCAGCCUUUACUUCGACAGCGUCAGUGACAAGAUUGCACAGAUCCAUCAACGCGGCGGCAAAACUCUGGUGCACUGUGUGGCCGGCGUCAGGCAGUCGGCCAGUCUGUGUAUCGCAUACCUCAUGAAGUAUUACCACAAGACACUGGAAGACGCGUACAGGCAUGUCAAACAGAAGCGUUUGGUGAUCCAUCCAAAUUUCAGCUUUUGGUCUCAACUAAUUCAAUAUGAACGUAGAAUAUUCCGAAUAGAGGUUGACUCUGGAUAAGGUCUGUACAUUGGGCACUGUUUUAUAAAGUGAGAACUCAGUAGGUGUUGUCCAUGAGCCAGACCAAAAACUGGUACCAUCUGAGGACACCAAACAAAACUGUUAUAAUUGUUUUAUUACGCCUUAGGACAAAACAAA